GAGCUUGUGCGACCAUGGGGAGGACGGCGAUCGUGACGACGACGAUCUACGUACCCAAGGCCAUCCAUGCGUACAUGAAGAACGCGAAGGAGAAUGGACACAGCGAUGCUAUCUUCAUAGUUGCUGGGGAUAAGAAGACUCCGCCAGAGGCAAAGCAGUUUUGUGACGCGUGCGCGGAGGAAUUUAAAAUGAAAUGUCAAUAUCUCACUGUUGACGAUCAGAUCAACUGGUUGCAAGACUUCCCAGAGCUUGCAAGCGCUAUCCCAUGGAACAGCAUUCAGCGCAGGAAUAUAGCAAUCCUCUUAGCUUAUCAGAUCGGUUGUGAAAUCAUCAUCACAAUAGAUGACGACAACUACUUCGUUGAGGGACAAGACUUUAUCGGCGAGCACAUCCGGCACAUCAAAGAUCAGAUUCCCCACACCUCCUUGGUUUCCAAUACAGGAUGGUUGAAUGUCUGUGAAUACCUCGAAGACAAGAGGAAGUUUGAGUUCUAUCCUCGAGGAUAUCCCAUGAAUCAGAGAUGGAGAAGUCCCAAACCGAUCCACCGUGCAGUCCAGCAGAACAGAAAGGUGGUGGUCAACGCGGGGCUGUGGCUGGAUGAUCCAGAUGUGGAUGCGAUCACAAGGUUGUGCAAUGACAUCUCAGCUGAGAGGUAUCUGCGAGAAGACAGCUUCUCCUUAUCGAGGAAGACUUGGUGUCCGUUCAACUCUCAGAACACCGCCAUCUCGCGCGAGGUCAUCCCUGGAUACUGUCUCAGUCCCAACGUCGGAAGAUACGACGACAUCUGGGCAGGGUACGUCGUCAUGGCGAUAGCCGACAAGCUCGACCAUGCCAUCAUGUUUGGCUUCCCGCUCGUCAAGCAGGAGAGGAACCCGCACAACUACUUCAACGAUCACCAGGCUGAGAGGAUCGGGCUGGAGUUCACUGAGACGUUUUGCGAAUGGUUGCGCGAGGCUCCCCUCAAGGGAACCACCUACCUCGCAUGCUUGGGGGAGAUCGUGGCAUGGCUGCAGCAGAAGGCAGAGGGCGCAUCUAACGAGCAGUUCAAGGAUCAAGUCUUCGGCUUCUGUUUGACGCAAGAGGCUUGGAUCAAGACAAUGGAGAGGAUGAACGUGGUGUGAAGUCAAGGUGCUGCCCUUUCUCAAACGAUUUUCCGAUGUGGAGCGUGUGGAAGUAAUUUCGAUUCCGAUUUUCAUAACGGAUCAGAGCAAGUGUUGGAACUUGAGCACUACAUUUUCUUAGAUCCUUCUUCU